AUGGGCUCCCCCGACGAAGCAUAUCUCCUCAGCCGUGAUGCGGAAGAGUCAAAACGACUCAACGCCCAGCAUGUCUUCCUAGUAGAUGUCAUCGGAGGCACACCAAUCCACCCAUCCAUUCCGACAGAGAACAUUCAGACCAUUGCAGAUGCAGGCACAGGCACCGGUAUCUGGCUCGUCGACGUCGCAACCACACUCAACAAGCUCCACCCACAGCGCGAAACCAAACUCGACCUCCACGGCUUCGAUAUCUCGCCCGCCCAGUUCCCGUUCACCAAACUGCGCGAACCGCGCCAUGAAAUCCGUCUCUCAGUCCAAGAUAUCACAUGCCCGUUUCCAAAGGAGUACCACAACCGCUUCGAUCUCGUGCACGUCCGGCUACUCGCCGGCGCAAUGAAAGAGGCAGACUACCCCGCAACGGUGCGAAACCUCUACAAUAUCCUCAAACCCGGCGGCCACCUGCAAUGGGACGACUGCGACACCACCGCCUUCACCACCACAAACCCGACCCCGACCGCCCUCGAAAUGGCCCGCGUUGUCGUCGACGCCGUCCACAAGCUCGGCCUCUGCGCCUCCGCGCCCCAGCUCGUCCACGCCCUCGCGCAGCAGACCGGCUUCGUCGACACACGCCUCUACCCGCACAGCACCGCGAACCGGCCGCGGCUGCAUGCGCCGGCGCGCGCGUGGCUGAUGCAGGCGUGUCGCGCGCUCAUGCCGCAUGCGAUGGUCAAGUCCGGGGAGGCGGGGGAUGAGAAGUGGGCGGUUGCGCGCGCGGAGCGCCUGGUUGCGGAGUUUGGGGAGCAGUGUGCGGGGUCGGUGCCGUUGGUGAAUUUGUAUGCUGUUGUGGCGAGGAAGCCGGGGGGGAAGGAAGAGCCGGGGGCGUGGACGUGGGGGUGUGGGUGUGCAAUCAUGUAG